UUUUUGGCGGCGACCAUCACUGAUCCGGUGAAGUCCGUUGUGUUGUGUACGGUAGUCGUCGAAGAGUAAGCAAACAUGUCUGGUCGCGGCAAGGGCGGAAAGGCGAAGGCGAAGGGAAAGUCCAGGUCUUCACGGGCCGGUCUCCAGUUUCCCGUAGGCCGAAUCCACCGACUUCUGCGCAAGGGCAACUACAGUGAGCGGGUGGGUGCCGGCGCCCCGGUCUACUUGGCAGCCGUGUUGGAGUACCUGGCCGCCGAGGUGCUGGAAUUGGCGGGAAACGCUGCCCGCGACAACAAGAAGACGCGCAUCAUCCCACGUCACCUGCAACUGGCCAUUCGCAACGAUGAGGAGCUCAACAAGCUGCUCUCGGGCGUCACCAUCUCGCAAGGCGGUGUUCUGCCUAACAUUCAGGCCGUCCUGCUGCCCAAGAAGACCGGCCAGACCAGCACAGCCGGCAAACCCGGCAAGAAAGGCGGUUCCAGCCAGGAGUUUUGAGGACAUUUUGCUGUUCACUUAGUCGCCGCAUUCCUCUUGUUAAGCCACCCCGGCCGGUCAGCGGCUCGGAAUGUCGCGCAUUGUUUCAUCUGUUCAUGUUCAUGCGUGUGUUCAGAACAACUGCAGUCAUGUUGCUUUGUCGUUAGGCUUAGGUCUGGCUUAUUCUGUAGCAUCACUCGUGCAUUUGCUUUUUAUUUCGCCCUGUACUGUCGUACCUUCCCAUUGUCAUCGUGGUACUUCCUCACGGAACCCUGUAAAAUCUUAUCAAAUGAAAAGGUCAUCAUUGAAGUGAAAAAUAAAGCACUUUGAACUGCUA